GCCAAGAGGAGGACGUGCACCGGGCGCUCUCUGGUGGGGUCGGGGGUAGUAGUCUACACAUGGGAAUACAUAGAGAGAAGGGGCAUUUGUGAGACGAAGAUUUGCCCCCGGGCUGGGCUGGAGGAGCUGAAUCCUGAUGGACGGCGGAGGGCUGACUGUGCUGAAAGCCUUGAAGUGACAGUGACAACAUCCAGAUCUCCGGCCCUGCUCAUCUGGUUAACGCUGAGCAUUGCAAGGUCCUAGGGUCAGCAUCUUCACCACCGUCAUCAACAUGUCCACGGUCCAGACCACCGUGGCCGACUUACGAUCUAGGGUGGGGGGCUAUGAAAAGACAGACGACGUUUCUGAGAAGACUUCGCUCGCUGAUCAAGAAGAAACCCGAACUAUUUUUAUCAAUCAGCCUCAGCUUAUAAAGUUCUGCAACAACUGGGUCAGCACUGCAAAAUACAACCCCUUUACGUUUCUGCCAAGAUUUCUCUACUCCCAGUUCCGGAGAGCGGCCAACUCGUUUUUCCUGUUCAUUGCCUUGCUCCAGCAAAUUCCUGACGUGUCUCCUACUGGUCGAUAUACAACUUUGGUUCCACUGCUGUUCAUCUUAGCUGUGGCCGCCAUCAAGGAAAUCAUAGAAGAUGUUAAGCGGCACAAAGCUGAUAAUUUCGUAAACAAGAAGAUCACACAAGUUCUACGGAAUGGAGCCUGGGAGAUUGUGCACUGGGAAAAGGUAAAUGUUGGCGAUAUAGUUAAAAUAAAUGGCACCGAGUAUAUACCCGCAGACACUAUACUGCUCUCGUCAAGUGAGCCCCAAGCCAUGUGCUACAUUGAGACCUCAAACCUUGAUGGGGAGACCAAUCUGAAGAUCCGCCAGGGUCUUUCCUUGACAGCAGACCUGAAAGAACUUGACACCUUGAUGAGCUUAUCUGGCAAAAUCGAGUGUGAAAGCCCCAACAGGCAUCUGUAUGAUUUCAAUGGAAACAUCAGGCUUGAUGGCCAAGCCACUGUCCCUUUAGGUCCAGACCAAAUCCUUCUGAGAGGAGCACAGCUGAGGAACACUCAGUGGGUGCAUGGCAUAGUUGUCUACACAGGCCAUGACACAAAGCUUGUACAGAAUUCAACCCGGCCUCCGCUGAAGUUGUCCAAUGUGGAGCAUAUAACCAACAUCCAGAUCCUGCUCCUGUUUGGGACGCUCAUCGCGAUCUCCUUAGUGUGCUCUAUUGGGUCUUCAAUCUGGAACUCCAGACACGAAGAGAAAGACUGGUAUCUCAAUCUGAAUUAUGGCGGAGCAAACAACUUUGGACUGAAUUUUUUAACGUUUAUCAUUCUCUUCAACAAUCUCAUACCCAUCAGUUUGCUGGUGACCUUAGAAGUGGUGAAAUUUAUACAAGCGUAUUUCAUAAACUGGGAUGUGGACAUGCACUAUGAACCAACAGAUACCCCAGCCGUGGCCAGAACAUCAAACCUCAAUGAGGAGUUAGGUCAGGUGAAAUAUAUAUUUUCUGACAAGACUGGGACACUGACCUGCAAUGUCAUGCAAUUCAAAAAGUGCAGCAUAGCAGGAAAUGCCUAUGGGCAUGAACCACCAAGUAGUGAUGGCCAAGCCUUUCAUGACUCAACCUUAUUAGAAAACCUCGAAAACAAUCAUCCCACUGCCCCUGUCAUCUGCGAGUUCCUCACUAUGAUGGCAAUCUGUCAUACUGCCGUUCCAGAGCAUGACGGAGACCAGAUCAUUUAUCAGGCAUCUUCUCCCGAUGAGGGGGCCCUAGUAAGAGCAGCAAAGCAACUGAGGUUUGUGUUUACUGGAAGGACUCCCAGCUCCGUGAUAAUAGAAUCGCUUGGCCAGGAAGAAAAGUUUGAGUUGCUAAAUGUACUGGAAUUUACAAGUAAUCGAAAGCGUAUGUCCGUGAUUGUCCGUAACUCCUCAGGGAAACUGAGAUUGUACUGCAAAGGGGCUGACACAGUCAUUUAUGACCGCCUGGCUGAAUCCUCAAAGUACAAAGAAAUUACCUUAAAACACCUGGAACAGUUUGCUACAGAAGGUUUAAGAACCCUCUGUUUUGCGGUGGCCGCCAUACCGGACAGUGUGUAUGAAGAAUGGCUCAGUGUGUAUCACAGGGCCUCCACCUCUGUGCAGAACAGGGCUCUCAAGAUGGAGGAGUGCUAUGAAAUGAUAGAAAAGAACCUCCAUUUACUUGGGGCAACAGCCAUUGAAGAUAAGCUGCAGGACAACGUACCGGAAACUAUUGAGACCUUGGUGAAGGCAGAUAUCAGAAUUUGGAUUCUAACUGGAGAUAAACAGGAAACUGCUAUUAACAUAGGACAUUCGUGCCGACUGCUGACCAAGAAUAUGGGCCUGAUUGUUAUAAAUGAAGGAUCGCUAGAUACAACUCGUGAAAUUUUAAGCCAUCACUGUAGUAAUCUUGGAGACUCUCUCAGGAAAGAGAAUGAUUUUGCUUUAAUUAUCGAUGGCAAAUCCCUGAAGUACGCGUUGACAUUUGGAGUUAGACAGUAUUUCCUUGACCUUGCUCUGUCCUGUAAAGCUGUGAUUUGCUGCAGGGUGUCUCCUCUUCAGAAAUCUGAGGUGGUAGAAAUGGUGAAAAAACAAGUGAAAGUCAUCACCCUGGCUAUUGGUGAUGGAGCAAAUGAUGUCAGCAUGAUCCAGACUGCACACGUUGGUGUUGGGAUAAGUGGUAAUGAAGGACUUCAAGCUGCAAACUCAUCUGACUACUCCAUAGCACAGUUUAAAUACCUGAAAAACCUAUUACUGGUCCACGGUGCUUGGAAUUACAACAGAGUGUCCAAGUGCAUUUUGUACUGUUUCUACAAGAAUAUCGUGCUGUAUAUUAUUGAGAUUUGGUUUGCCUUUAUGAAUGGGUUUUCUGGACAAAUCCUCUUUGAACGAUGGUGCAUUGGUCUCUACAAUGUGAUGUUCACAGCACUUCCCCCCCUGACUCUUGGAAUAUUUGAAAGAUCCUGUCGCAAAGAGAAUAUGUUAAAGUACCCAGAGUUAUACAAGACUUCGCAGAAGGCUCUUGACUUUAAUACUAAAGUUUUCUGGGUUCAUUGCCUGAAUGGUCUUUUCCAUAGUACUAUUCUGUUCUGGUUCCCGCUGACAGCUCUGCAGCAUGAUAAUGUGUUUGCAAAUGGAAAAACCUCAGAUUACCUUUUAUUGGGGAACAUUGUUUACACUUUUGUGGUGAUAACCGUCUGCCUGAAAGCGGGCUUAGAAACCUCACAUUGGACCGUGUUCAGCCAUGUGGCUAUAUGGGGGAGCAUCUUGCUAUGGAUCGUGUUCUUUGGGGUCUACUCUUCAUUGUGGCCAGCAAUUCCUAUAGCACCUGACAUGUCUGGAGAGGCAGAUAUGAUGUUCCGCUCUGGUGUUUUCUGGAUGGGUCUCUUAUUUAUUCCUGUUACGUCCUUGGUUUUUGACGUGUUUUAUAAAACCGUGAAAAGAACUAGCUUUAAAAACUUGGUUGAUGAAGUUCAGGACCUUGAAGCCAAGUCCCAAGACCCAGGCUCUGUAGUACAUGGUAAAAGUUUAACAGAGAGAGCACAACUCCUGAAAAACGUCUUCAAGAAGAACACAGUCAACAUUUAUCGCUCAGAAUCUGUACAACAAAACCUGCUUCAUGGAUACGCUUUCUCCCAAGAUGAGAAUGGCAUUGUCUCACAGUCUGAAGUAAUCCGAGCUUAUGACACCACAAAGCAGAAACCAGACGAAUGGUGAAAUGAAACAUGUCCAUCAGCUCUCUUGAGACAUAACAAUGAAUUGUCAAAACUUCUAUUCAGGUUUCAAGAAGAUCUGUGGUCAAAACUGUCUCCCAACUACUGGAGGAGACAACAUCGAACAAAUUGUUGCUAACCAUUAAAAUUGUGAUUCUUACUUUAAGCUUGUCAGCAAGAAGACUGGAAAGAUGUUUCAGUAUUAUUUAGAAGGAAGGAAUGCCUUGCUGUCUUAGCAAUCAGCCAGUUACUUCUACUGACCAUCAAAGUGCAGGGUCCCGAGUCUACGAGAUUGAUGACCGUUCUGCAAUUCCUAUCAGAAGUUAAUGACCUGAGGUCCUCCUGCCUCACUGAUACAGGCGCUGUUGUAGAUGGUUGUGUCCAACUAUUUUAAUAAAUAUGUUUGCCAAAGAACAAACAGGUUUUUUAUUUUUUUCCUGCGUCCCUGCUCCAUGAGAUUUCAGAGAUAGCUGAAGCAGUAAGAUGCAACAAGGGAAAUUCUGAUCCAGUCUGUAUGGCACUGUCCAUUCGACAUUUUACACCUUCCGCCUUAUUCAUGCUUUUCUGUUUAUCUUGUAGAGUAGCUAAUGUGUCUGCUGUUCUGCACUUGCUUGUGUGUUUAGACACAAGUGUUGAUGCAUUUUGCUGAGGCUAAUGACAGACAUGUCUUCUACUUGUCGUGUGAUGCGUUUCUUACUAAGUUUCCAUGUUUUAGCAGUUCUAUACAAUUCUCCAGUAACUUCAUCCACAUUGUAUUUGCACUAUGGUCAUACUACGUUUAGAAAAGUCUUUACCUGGAUAUAUACGUUAGAUGUGUGUCACCUGAAUAACGCUGUAUUCUUACAGUAGAUGUCAGGGUAGAUGAAGAUCAGGCUGUUGGAUUUCAACAUGCCCACGCCUUCUAUUGAAGCCUGGAGUCUAGCAGUGGCUUCUCUUCUCCCUGUUCAAAACACAUGCAUGUUCAUUCAAGCAGAGAGGAUGCUGUUGGGCCAGAUAGCAGGUGUUCAGCCAACGAGUAUCUCAUGUAUAGCCAACUUUAGAAAGUACUCUUUUCUGAAAAGUGUGUUUUUUUUUUGUUUUUGUUUUUUAUGGGAAAAUUAGAAAAAUUCUUAACUGCAGGAAACUAAAGUUUUCUCUCACGUAAAAACCUUUCUUCUUUUAGAUUUUUUUUUUUUUAUUAGAAACCGCCCUAGAGAGUAAAUUACAUAUGGAUUUCUUUAUAUUACAAUUUUUUGUCUGUCCUGGAAGUGCUUUUUUGAUGUCACCAUUUUUUCCCCCUACUAAUGGCUCAUUUUGAAAAAUUCUUUGCUCGCGAUGAACACGUUGUGAGCUCGUCAGUAUUGUGCUUCUCACUAUAAAUAAUUAAAAGUAAUACAGAACUAUGACU